AAAAAAAUUGACAAGUCCGAAGCUGUGUUGCUGAAGCCGAAUCGGAAGAAGAAGAAGCAGGUGUCGUGGAAGGAAGGAACGGUGGACAACGAGUUUAUGCAGAAGAAGAGCUCCAAAAAGUGCUGCAUCUUCCACAAGCAGAAGCCCUUCGACGAGGACGACAGCGACGAUGAUGAACACCAUCACGACCACGAUCACCCCUCACCUGCUUCUUCAGGCAUUAACAGCGACCAUUAAAAGACUGUCGAUCGGAGCACGGAGGCAGAGACAUGGGCUGGAAA